CAAGUACAGCAGCACCAAAUCCUACAAGUACAGCAGCACCAAAUCCUACAACUACAGUAGCACCUAAUCCUACAACUACAGCAGCACCUAAUCCUACAACUACAGCAGCACCAAAUCCUACAACUACAGCAGCACCAAAUCCUACAACUACAGCAGCACCAAAUCCUACAAGACCAACAGGGAGAACAAUGACGUCUGAGACGGUCUCCACCACAGAACGUUCCCCGCCAGGCGAUUCCCCAAAAGAAGAAAUUCCCACAGAACCUGCCAUUGUGACAGGUGCCAUAUUCCAACUGAAUAUGUCUUUCGACUUUAGCGGUAGUAUCACCAAUUUAAAAGCUUUCAAUGAUUCCUUGAUAGAACAGUUGAAAUUAAAGAUUUUCAUUGGUUACAGUGAUAUACAAAUAAGGGUGACUUCAAUCACAAACAAAACCAGACAUAAACGUGAUGUCGUCAAUGUACUCCACACGAGAAGAAGCAGACGAUCUUCAGCACCUACAGGUAGCACUGUAGUUAAGACGGAAGCGGACGUCAGUGUUGAGGAACUAAGAGGAAAAAAACAAACCCUACUGGAGUUUGGGCAAAUUGUUUCUGACAACGUACUCGCCAAUCUAACAGAAAUGACCACAACAGCUGGAUCAAUCCUAAACACAUCACUUAAUAUAAUACGCAGUUUCAAGAACCAAAUACAAGACAAGAAUGAGUGUGAUGCUGUACCUGCGAGUAGACUCUGUUUUCCCGGAUAUGAAUGUCGGCCAUUAAACUACACUGCGGAGUGCGCGCACGUGUGUACCCUCUCGGACCCGGAGUGUCAGCACGGGGGUCAUUGUUACUACGACGCCGCAACUCAACAGCCGGCAUGCAGGUGUCAGAAGAACUUGAUGACAGUUUACUACGGACCUCGUUGUGAGGAAAAAACGGGGAGGUUUGAAUACGUCAUUGGUUUGUCUGUCGGUGUGGUGGGAGGACUGAUCCUCAUUAUUCUACUGGUUGUAUGCUGCAGACGCUUCUUUAACUUAAGGAAAGACGAUAGGAUUUCAGACAAAUAUCGAUGGAAUGAUGCAGACGAUCUGAGAUCCCAGUGGUCGGAGGGAGACUCUCUAAACAAGUACAGGCAUCCUGGGAUAGCGGGUGUCACAAACCAGGUUUAUGAACAAUUUAGUAGUCAGAGGAGAUACAUUUCUGAGACGCCUAGUCCAUACGGCACCAAACCGCCACUGUUCUCCAUCAAAAGACCCCAGGUUUUCAGGGUCCCGGUAGAAGUCCUUGAUAGUCCCUACAGGACACCGGAGUCACGGGAAGGGAGACAACCAACGGCAGGACAAAGAAAACCCUACAGCGGGAAUCAAUCAGCCGUGUGGUGAUUCUUAACAACACUUCCUACACACAAAUGUUUUGCAAAUUUGGUGAAAACGAAAACUAUAUUUAUGGUUUUAUACGAAAAAUAAAUACAAUGUUCCUUGUGGAAUGUAAAUUAUUCCCAUGAUUUCCCAUUAAAGUCCAAAUCAGUGACGAAAGUUUGUAUAGAGUUAUAUAGGGAGAGGUAAUAUAUUUCAACUUUUGAAAGCCAUGGAAAAAGUCCCUUAUUAGGAAUUUUAUAUUAAUACUUACUACAACCAAACACCCCCCCCCCAAAUGAUAUAAAUAUUAACCCCUGUACCCCUUUUCUUUUUCCUUUAAUGAAGAGUGCUUUGAAAAGUUCCGUUUCACAUGAAAAUGACAUGGUACUUUACACGUGUCUGUUUUGGAUGAUUUAUUUCUUUGAAUCUAUUCGUCUUAUGUACUAUUUAAAUUAUGAUUUACACCUUCUUGUUUGUAAGAUCAUAUUUAUGAAAUCAUUUAGUAUACUGCUUCAUGAACUAUCUUGUAUUUCAAAACACAGUUUUAACUUUUCCUAACCCUCUAUAUUUUAAGGACUUUGAAAAUCAUACAGCCAUUAGAAUUUUAUCAUGCAUGUAGUUCUUAAUUCUGAGUUGAUUAAUGAAAUGUUAUAAAAAUAGAACAAAGUAUGUUUUUCUCAAAUUUGAAGAGAACGAUAUCACUAAAUAAAAUAUUUAUACUUCCAA